GCUCCGGCCGCAGGUAGCGGCGGCACUGGAGGCGGCGCGCGGGGCCCGAGCGGAGCGCCCGGGGCGGGGCCGACGGACGCGCGGACAGACGGAUCCCCCGGCCCCCCGCCCCGGACAGGAGCGACGGGCUGCGCCGGCCAUGUGGGGCCCCGCGGUCACGGCCGAGGGCCUGUCGGUGGCGCCGCCGCCGCUGCCGCCGCUGCUGCUCCUGCUGGCGCUGGCGGCGCCCUCGCGGGGCGGCGGGGGCUGCGCCGAGCUGGCGUGCGGCGAGCGGGAGCGCUGCUGCGACGCGGCCAACGCCACCGCGGUGCGCUGCUGCAAGCUGCCGCUGCACGCCUUCCUCGACAACGUGGGCUGGUUCGUCCGCAAGCUGUCCGGGCUGCUCAUCCUGCUCGUGCUCUUCGCCAUCGGCUACUUCCUGCAGCGCAUCAUCUGCCCCAGUCCACGCAGGUACCCGCGCGGGCAGGCGCGGCCCGGGCCGCCGGGGGCCGCGGGGCCGCCCGACGACGACGACGACACCUCGCCCGCGCUACUGCGCGACGAGGCGGCCGCGGGUUCCCAGGACUCGCUGCUGGACAGUGGCGGCGGCGGCGGGGGCCGGGGCGGGCGCUCGGCCCCACCCUGCGCUUCGGAGCACGAGCUGCGCGUAGUCUCGCCGGUCUUCCUGCAGCUGCCCAGCUACGAGGAAGUCAAGUACCUGCCAACCUAUGAGGAGUCCAUGCGACUACAGCACCUCAGCCCCGGGGAGGUCGUGCUGCCCGUGUCGGUGCUCGGCCACCCGCGAGGCGGCGGCUCCGGGGAGUCCGACGGCGGCGAGGGCCGCUUCCCGCUCAUAUGAGCGCCCGCGGCCGCUCGAGGACCGCGCGACGGGACGGGGCUGGGGGCUGCGUGUGGGACGCCACGGUCGGGGCGGCGGCGGCAGCCACCAACUGCCUCAGGCCCCGCCUGGCAACCGGGCCUAAUCGCCCUGCGACUGGGUUGGGGUCAUCCUCCCACCCCCUCCAACGUCCGCUUUCCCGGGAUCUUAAGUUUCCCUACGUUUAAGACGGUUCAAGGAAACAUUAAGCACGCGCGGCGCGGGCAACAGAGCGCACGAGCCCGGAGCGCAACUUUGAAGGACGUGCCCACCCUCAGCCUCGCCUCGGAUUGUGUUCACCCACUCGUAAGUGCCUGCUUCCCGAAUCAAAGAGAACACGUGAGCCCCUGAGAGCGUCGGGAGAAGGGCAGUAACCUUUAGGGGACGAGGGGGAAAGGACGCAGUUCCACUCUGUUCCCUCUCCCCUGCACAGGUCGCGGCCCCCCAGGAUGGGCGGAGGGCGAGGCGCCGGAGGGGCGAGCCGCCACUGGACACUGGAGCGCUCAGGUCUGGGAGAGCAGCACCUCGGUGUGAUCGAAUCCCUCCUGGCGGAUAACCCAAACACCCCUUCUGUGUCUUCCUAGCCAAGCGCAGUCACAGCUGAUGGCUCACUUCGGUGGGGGUCGCCCGUGAUAGCUGGUUAGCUGCUGUACCAAUUCAAGAUACAGCAAUUAUGUAUAUCCAAGACCAUACUGGUAAUAAAAUACAGUUGGGCUUUUGAUUUUUCAAUAACUGAGAAGAUAUUUAUAUUUAUUUGUCUUUUAUUUUUAUAUUUUUACCAUGGAUUGAACACCUCAGGAGGGUAUUUCUUCAACUAAUGAUAAGAAUUCACUUGUAAUUUUGUGGCAAAAAUUUGUGCUUGCCAUCAAACUAAAGAUGAUCGUUUCUUUUGCCUCUUCAAUUUAUGAGCUCUCUGAUACCUGCCAAGUCUUCCACAGGAGCUGCCUUUUCUUCAGGUGUUUUCAGGAGUUUCUAAAGUUAGAGUUUCUACAGUUUCUGGAUUCUGCUUUGGAAUACUCCUAAGCUUUUUGUGGACACAAAAUUUUACUUUAAUAAACAUCUGCAAUCUACUUAUGAUUAAUAAUCCCACAAGUUAAUUCCUAAAAUUUGUCUUACUGUGUUUGAGUUCUGGCAAUUCACUUCAAUAAGUUAAAUAUCAUUUCCAGCAUGAUCCGAUUUAAAAUUUGGUAGCAAUUGACUUGGUAGCCUUUCUUCCAAAGAAUAAAAUAUAAACACAUGUAAAAUUUUAGAUUUAAGCUUGGCAGUUGCAGUGGGGGUGACACUUUUCAUUUGCUAUCAUGAUGAUUAUAAUGGCAAUGAUAAUUCAUUGAAUGAAUGCUUACAUGUGCCAGGCACUGUGCUGGGCAUUUUACGUAUAUUAUCUCAUUUAAAAUUCACCACAGGUAAAGCUAAGGCAUAUAAGUCCCACUUUGCAGGUGAGAAAAGUGCAACCCAGGAAGAUUGCAUAAUAUGCCCAAAGUCGUGUGACUGAUGACCUGGUCACCAGAAGAUCCAGGGGCAGAUCCACUGACUCAAGAGCUGGCACUCUUAACCACGGAACUUUUCAAUAUUCCAUUAAUUUAGCCUCACAGACUAUCUUAACAUUAGAGCUGUGGCUGAAGCUGCAUAGGUCACAUUAGCAUUACUUUUUACUUUUUCACAGAUGAAAUAAGGUAACUUUUGUUAUUUGCUGUUUAAGGAGCUGUUAUUAAAAAUACAACAGAAUCUGGGCUGGGAACCUUUAAUGACUCAAACAUUAUUUGUGGGAAUGAAGAAAUGUUACCUAGGUAAAACCGGAAAUGGUCAACAAAAACAACUCAGAUAAUGGUUUUUUCCAUUUCAUUCAGCCAAUUUCUUCAGCUCCAAGUGUGCCUCCUUCCUGGUCUGACUUCAUUAACUUUUAAAUUCGAAAAACAUUUCUUUAAAAUAGAUGGUAAAUCUUGUCCAAUACUUUUAAAAAGAAACAAAAUAGUUUUCAUACUCUCAGCAUAAAAAUUAGAACCAGAGCUUAACCUUACAACUAAUACUCAAUGCCAGUAAUAUUGAAGCAAGGACAAAAAUAGCUUCUUACAUUAAGAUUGCUUAUUUCUUGUGUUGUUAGGACUUCAUAUGGAACGAUGUAGAGGUUUAGAGCUGGGCUGUCUGGGUCAAUCUCUGGACUCUAGACUUACUAGUUAGGUGACGAUAAACGAGCUGCUUAACUUAUCUAAGCCCGUUUUCUCAGUUGUAAAGUGGGGAGAGUACCUGAGAUGGUUGUGAUGCGUCUUAAGGUUAUGUACAGAAAGCUCUUAACACCAUCCCUGGGACAAAAAAAAAUGAAUUUUAAGUGCCAUUGUAUACACAUUGGUUGACACUGGGUUCUUGUGUGAAAUUCAGAUAAAUUUGUGGAAUGUCAAAAAAUUUUCCAGUUAAUCCCAGGCAUAUUAAUGAUUUGAAUUAAGAAUAGAAACCCUGUUGUGAAAAACAAAGAUUAACUUUAUUUAAAAAAGAAAACCUGUCAGCCGGUCUUAAUGGGGAGUUGGGGGUUGAGAGUGUGACAUCUUGGUGUGAGGAGCAAGUGCACUGGGAGAAAGGUAGGAAGAGCUGGAAAGAUAGGCCAUCGGAGUAGGAGGUUGGGACACUAGAUCUUGAGAUUUCGAGAUGAGGUGAGGACAAGGCUGGAGCAGUGGCCUUGAAUGUGGGUCCUGGAGAAUGGCCUUCAGGGCUGUAGGAGCAGAGAAGGGUACAAGCUUCUGGAGGAAUGGAAGGUAAGGCAGCAUUAUUUACAAUAGCCAAGACAUGGAAACAACCUAAGUGUCCAUCAACAGAUGAAUGAAUAAAGAUGUGAUAUACACAUGUGCACACACAGGAAUAUUAUUCAGCCAUAAAAAAGAAGGAAAUCCUGCCAUGUGUGACAGUAUAGAUGGGCCUUUAGAACAUUGUAAUAACUGAAAUAGUUUGGGCAGAGAAAGACAAAUACUUGUGGUCUCACUUAUAUGAGGAAUCUGAAAAAGUGGAACUCAUGGAUAGGGUGAACAGAUUGUUGAUUGCCAGUGUUAAGGAGCUGGGCAGGAUUGGGGGGUGCAGAAUGAAAUGGGUGAAGGUGGUCAAAGGAAACAAAAUUUCAGUUAUAAAAAUAAAUAUGUCCUGAGCGAUCUAAUGUACAACAUGGUGACUAUAGUUAACAAUAUUAUAUAUUUGAAAGCUGCUAAGAGUAAAUCUUAAAAGUUCUCAUCAUAAAAAAGAAAAACUUUGUGACUAUAUGUUAGACUUAUUCGAUGAUCACUUCACUAUAUAUAUACAUAUAUAUGUAUCAAAUCAUUAUGUUGUACACCUAAAACUAAUACAAUGUUAUAUGUCAAUUAUAUCUCAAUUUUAAAACAAGGAGGCUCCUCUCUCUGAGGUCGUCCGCACUUUCUAAGUGUGUAACCUUUUAAUCUUAAACUUUGUCUCUCCAAACCUUUCAAGGCGACUCUCCUUGCUGAGGCUGCCUGCUGCACUUCCCUCUUUAAGUAACUAAAUAAAACUUUCACUCUGCUUCAAAAAAAAAAAGGAAUGCUUUCCAAGAAGCAGUGGACAGUAAAGAUUCUGGGGCUAAGUUAGCCACACCAGAUCCACUGCUUUCUAAGGCUGUGAUUUCAGUUGAGUUACUUAACCUCUCUCUGCCUCAGUUUCUUCUUACAAAAAGGUAAGACAUCAGAGGGUAAAGCUCUUAGAUAGAGCCUGGCACCCACUAACGACUAUAUAUGAGGUGGUUGGCAGUAUCACUGCAAAUGGAUUUGAGAGACAGGAAAGGUCAGUGCUGGCUUGGAGGCUAUGAAAAAGUUUCUUAGAGUGAGUUUGGGAUCCCCUAAAUUCCAGAAUGUAUCAAAGCAGACUUUUUGUGCUUAUCAAAAGCCUCAAAAUGUACAUAGCCUUGAUUCAGCAGUUUCCCCACUGGAAAGAAUCAAGAUUCUGUGCAAAGAUUUGGUUACAGGCAACCUUUGAAUAACUGCUGUGAUGGUGACAUAUUGAAAACUGCUCACUUAUCCAAUAACAAGAUACUGAUUAAAUACAUUCUGCUCCAUCACCCAAAGGCACAUUCUGCAGCCUUUAAAAUGAUGUGAUAAAAACACUUAUUAAGAUAGAAAAAUGUUUAUGAUAUGUCACUAAGUGAAAAGAAUCAGUAAUAAAACCAUAUUACAAUAUAAACACACUGGAGAAAAUACAGUUUAAAAAAUCCAUAUUUUUAAAAUUGAAACAUAGUUGAUACAUAAUUUAUAUUGAUUUUAGGUAUUCAAUAUAGUGAUUGGACAGCUAUCUACAUUAUUAAAUGCUUACCCCAACUAGAGUAGUUACUAUCUGUCAACAUAAAAAAAUGUUAGAGAAUCAUUGACUAUAUUCUUUAUGCUGUACUUUCAUCCAUGUGACUAAAGUAUUUUAUAAUUGGCUGUUUGUACUUCUUUAUCCCCUUCAUGCCACUACAUUGAGAUACUCCAAUAAAUGUAUAGAACUCUCCAGUC